AUGCAGAAGCUCUUUCAGGUAUUGGGUCACAGUCACUUGAUCGUCAACGUCGCACUCUACCUCGGCAGCUACACAUCGCAAACAAAGGCAAACGGGCCCAUGCAGCAGUGGUGGCCUUCUUUGGCUGAGCCAGCUCAGUCGCUUGUCGCUUUGGCAAACCUGAUGACAGCCGCAAACUCGGAACUGGUGCUGCUUGCUCCAAGUAGACCGGCCGGCGAGACCCGAUUGCUUCGAGCGCACAAGCGUUCCCUGUGUGAAGCCAGCACUUAUUUCGCCUCACUCCUCCAGUCUGACUUCGCCGAGGCCUCGGCUCUGAGACAGGGCAGUCUCCAGCGCGCCUCUUCCUCUCCGCCGCUAGAGGUUUACGACGUUGCGACGGCAACUUCUCAAGGUCAGCGCAUCGGUGUCACAAACGAGACGCCUACGCUCAGGCUCAACGACAUCAGCUACGGGCAGUUGCAAACUCUGCUUUUUUAUGUCUACACAGGCGAAGUCGUUUUCGAGAAGCCCGCCAUGGCCCACUACUUGUACUGGUGGGGUGAUUGUUUGGAGCCGGCCGAUGCAUUCGAAAUGUAUCGCAUUGCUCACAAGUACGUCAUCAACGGGCUACGCUCAGCAGCGCUUCGGCACAUCGCAAAGUGGAUCUCCAAAUCGAGCGUGCUGGAAGACCUGAGGACGAGAGAGGAGAUCACGUUGUUCCCCGAGAUCAAGGAGGUCUAUUCCAACUUUUGCAAGGCCGCGUAUCCGCACAUUCCAAACGACUCGGACGAACUCAUCAAGGAUGUUCUCGGACUUGACAUGGCUCAGAUUCGGAGCCUUCGAGGCUUCUGA